CGUAUAAAAGAUUAUUCCAAGAUCGUCUGUGCAUCAGUUGCUCACCAGCCACCGAACAAAAACCAAAUAUGAAAUCGAUGAUCUUUGUCGCCCUUGCCCUCGUGGCCGUCGCCGCCGCUUUCCCCGUCGAUGAGCCCAUCAAGAUUCUCCGGUCUAACUUCGACAAGGAUCCUAAUGGUGAUUUCCAGUUCGGUUUCGAGACCGAGAACGGUAUCAAACGCGACGAACAGGGUAAGGUGAAGGAAGUUUUGGACGAGGAGAACAAGCCCCACUCAGUCGUCGUUGUCCGCGGAUCUUACUCCUACACCAAUGCGGACGGUACCGUUGAGACCAUCGACUUCAUCGCUGACGAGAACGGUUUCCAGGCUCAAGGACCCUCCAUCCCCAAGAACCCCCCCGCAAGGAGAUAAGCUACCACAGACGACACUCUCAUUAAUAAUUGAUUGAUUCAUGACUACAUGGAUUAAUCAAUUGUUACUGACUCUAUGUGUUCAUUUUGAAAGAAUAUCUAAUACUAAUAUGACAUAGACGUAUCUAGUGUAUGUACCUAUGUGAUAAGCCUUACUGGUUUUUAGUCAUAUGUACGUUUUUGUACAAGUUGUUUUGUGUUAUCAAUAGUGACCCUGUAAAUAAAAGAUAAUUGAAGUCA